CCGGCUCUUAUCGCAGUCACUCCGGCCUGGCCUACAUGAGCCGUCGUUGUUUCUUGCACACACUCAAAAUAAAGUAAAUUGUUCGAAAUGCCGUGGACUAGCACCAACAGAAUCUAUGCGAAACCCUCCAACACGAGUGGAGGCGAGGGAGUCGCGAUCGUCGCGGCCCCUAGCAGUGCUCGCGCCGCGCCUACGGCCGCCGCAGACACCGGUGGCCGGUUCGAACUCAGCGACCACGGCUACGGAAAAAGCUGCGUUAAGCUCCUACACGUGUACCGUGACGGCGAGUACCAUGCCAUUCGGGAGUACGACGUGUCUACUGAGUUGAAGCUGACCAGCGAAUCGCCAUACGUGAUCGGUGACAACAAAGACGUGGUCGCCACAGACUCGCAGAAGAACACCGUCUAUUUGCUGGCGAAAAAACACGGUGUAAAGACGCCCGAAGAGUUUGGCGCAGUGGUUGUGAACCAUUUCCUGUACACGUAUAAGCAGGUCGGCGAAGCGAAGUGUCGUGUGGUCGAGUACCCGUGGGAGCGGCUGCAGGCGGGCGCGCCGCAUAAUCAUGCAUUUAUCUUCUCACCCGCAGCCACGAGGUGGUGUGAAGUUUCUCAAGUUAGACACGACGCAGUAGUUGUUAAAUCAGGGCUGAGCGGAUUAAGAGUGUUGAAAACGACACAAUCCGCUUUCGUAGAUUUCGUUCAAGACGAGUACACAACCCUUGCGGAUGCUGCUGAAAGAAUAUUCAGUACGGUGGUGGAGGCUGAAUGGACGUACGACAGUAUGCGGACAGCAGACUUCGAUAACGCAUGGCUGACGGUGAAGGACGCCAUCUUGGAGAAGUUCGCCGGCCCGCCCGACACCGGCGUCUACUCCCCCUCCGUCCAGCACACCUUGUACCAAGCUGAAAAGAUGGUCUUAGAAAAAGUGUCAGAGAUUUCGUGGAUUAAGAUGACGAUGCCGAACAAACAUUAUUUAAAUAUAGACAUGUCCAAAUUCCCCGCCAAUGUAACGAAAGGAGACCCGAGGCAUCACAUCUACCAACCCAUAGAUAAGCCAGCGGGACUAAUCUACGCACAGCUACGCCGUAGACCAAAGAGCCACUUGUGAUGUAGCUUAAGGUUACGUUUCGUAGCAUUGUCUGCAACGUUAAAAUAAGGCUAUUUUAGUGAAUCGUUAUACAGAUAUUUUGCUACUAAGUUACUAAAAAAUCUUGGAUCUAAAUUGUAAAUUUUAUUUUAAUUGAAAAUGGAAGUUUAGUAGUCGAGUAUUUUGCUUACAUUAUUAGUACGUAGUGGAGUUUUAUUAGCGACUUUUUUUGACCUAACAAUAUUGUUUUGUAAUUUGUCGAUGUUUUCAAUAUAUUUGUAAUCUCAACAAUGUAACCAUGAUCAUUAAUAUUAGUCUUAUUCUUUAAACUUUAGUAUUUUAAAAACACAUUCCGUGUGAUUUAGUUCAAAUUAGUUUAAUGUGUGUAUUUUAUAAGAAUUUUCAAUACAAAUACAUUUGAUAGGUUAUGUUAUGAAAUAUAAGCGCUCCAAUUCUCAAUAAAGUAAUCAAAAUCUAGUCAACUUAAGAGAGUGAGGCGCCACAUCUUUUUUGGUAUCAAAUCUGAAUUAUAUUCUGUAUUGGUUUAACGUAAAUAUGUCAUGUUAAUAC